CGUAACCUACCCUUUACGAUGUCUACCAUGGAUACUACUUCCAAAUCACCGUCAACCGAGUCCCCUCGGAUCAAACUUCUCACCUUCAAUACGUGGGGCUUGAAAUAUGUGUCCAAGCUCCGGGGACCGCGGCUCCGCGCCAUUGCGGAGCGCCUUGCCGGUCAGAGCCCCGAGGAUGACUACGACAUUGUGGCACUACAGGAGGUAUGGGUAGAGCAGGACUGGGACUAUAUUCAGGCCAAGUGCCAACAGAAGUAUCCGUUCUCGCGGUUCUUCAAAUCGGGGAUUCUAGCGGGGCCUGGGUUGUGCAUCUUGUCCAAACACCCCAUUAAAGAGACGUUUCUCUAUCGGUUUCCCAUCAACGGUCGGCCCUCUGCCUUCUGGCGUGGCGACUGGUACGUUGGAAAGAGUAUUGCCGUGACAAUUGUACAGGUGGGCGACCGCGAGUUGGCGGUACUCAACUCGCACAUGCACGCCCCGUACAGCCACAACUCGCUCAGCGACGCGAAUUAUCUCUGCCAUCGAGCGUGCCAGGCGUGGGACUUUUCGAAGUUCAUCAAAUUCUUACGUUCCAAAGACCGCGGAAUCAUUGUAGUGGGUGAUCUCAACUCCAGACCCAACUCGUUGCCCCACAAGUUGCUCGUGAAAAAUACCAACCUCCAAGACUCGUGGUUGCAGUACAAGGGGAUCGAGGAGGAUGCGGAGGUUGGCAAUAUGUCGCCAGAAGAGCAGAUUUCACAGCUUGGCAUCACGUGCGAUUCUCAGCUCAACACCUGGAGGGCCACCAGGCAGCUUGACGAGGCUUGUCGCUUGGACUACGUGUUGACGAGCGAGAACUUGGCCACGGUGGAUGCAUCCGUGCGGUUCACAGAGUUGAUUCCGCUGCUAAAGGUGUCGUAUCUGGACCAUUUUGCCUACUCCAUCGUGUGUGAGUUUGCCGAGCCUGUGGCUUCAGCCCCGCAGAUGCUCGCUCAACUCGACACGUACACGGAGUUUUUGGAGGUUUUGACCAAGUACCAAGCCGCCACGCUUCCGUUCCAGCGCAACUGGCGGCUUCUCCACAUGGUGUCGUCGUUGAUGAUUGUGGUUGGUAUUCUCGUUGGGAUUACGUUCAUUGCCAUCAUUGCGCCGUGGUCGGUAAUUUUCUUCAUCUUGCUUGUGAUCGUGCUAGUUCUCACGGGUUUUGUCAACGGGAUUCUCUUUGGUGGGCUUUUCACCCGAAGCGAGAACCGUGCGUUGGAGGAGGUUAAGAUGGAGGUGCAAGACGAGGCGCGGUACGUGCGGUAUGUAUUGGGUGCGGAGUAAAUGUACCGGGAGAGGGCUCAAAUCCCGCCAGGCAAAUUUCGAUGCAGAAGACUGCAGCAAAAUGAUGCUUUGUCGAUUAAUGGGUACGCCACAAUAGAGGCUUUAGUUAAGCGACCAGUGGCCUUUUGAUUGGCUCAAUGCGACACGUU